ACCAACGUGCGUGUUGUUUAAAUUCAUACUUUCCUCAGUAGUUAGGCUGGGUUGAAUUCCUUGGGGUUGUUUGGAUACAUUGUUAUUAUGAGCAAAAUUCCCAGAAAAGUCGUCGCCCUACAGAGCAAGAAGAAAAACAAACAAAUUAAGAAAAAUGCCCCGAAAGACAAAUCUAUUGGAAACAAAUGUAACGGUGCCGUAGAAGACCGACUUCAACCACAGGACGACUCCACGCCUAAAAAUGAACAGGAGCCAACAUAUUGUGAGUACUCACGAGAUGAGGAAGUUUUAGAGGAGGAAGAAAUUCUCGGCAGUGAUGACGAUGAGCAAGAAGACCCUCGGGAUUACUGUAUAGGUGGAUAUCAUCCAGUUAAGAUCGGGCAGGUAUACAAUUCACGUUACCACGUCGUCCGUAAGCUUGGUUGGGGUCACUUUUCCACUGUGUGGUUAUGCUGGGAUUUAUGUUCAAAGCGUUUCGUUGCAAUGAAAGUAGUCAAAAGUGCUCCGCACUACACAGAAACAGCUCUUGAUGAAAUAAAGCUGCUAUCAUGCGUCCGCGAAUCUGCCCCAGACGACCCGUUCCGAAAAAAAACAGUUCAGUUGCUAGAUGAUUUCAGAGUGUCUGGUGUAAAUGGGAACCAUGUUUGUAUGAUCUUUGAGGUUCUUGGCCAUAAUUUGUUGAAGCUAAUAAUCAGGUCUCAGUACCGAGGCAUUCCACUCGAAAAUGUUCGUUCUAUUAUUAAACAAACCCUUCAAGGACUUCAUUACUUGCACACAAAGUGUCACAUUAUUCAUACAGAUAUCAAACCGGAAAACAUUUUAGUUUGUAUUUCUGAUUCUCAAAUCCGUAGAAUGGCAGCGGAGGCCCUCGAUGCUCAAAGACGAGGUGUACAGUUGUCAGGUUCCGCAGUGAGCACUGCACCCAAAGAAAAACAAGAUAACACGAAGAUGACAAAAAGUCGCAAGCGCCGUCUAAAAAAGCAACAACGAAAACAACAAGCACUUUUAGAACAGGAACUUGAUGAAUUAGAGGAAUUGGAAUCACAGGAGCAUGAACGUCGUUUGUUGGAUAUGGGACUGAUUCCUGCUGACAAUGAACAGAACCAUGAAAAGCCAGAACAAGUAGAUGAAAAGCCUAAAAGGGACUCAGAAGUAUCCCCAGAACAGUCCUACUCGAAUGAGGCUAAUACUACUCCCCCAACAGCAGACUCAUACAAUGCCAGUCCAAGCAAAGAUUGUCAUCCUACUACAAAUAACACUGGGUCACCCGACGUCUCUACAAAGCCACCGUGUAAAAAUGACACAGACGAGUCAAAAGAUCAUACUAAGCAUAAACAGAAUAAGGGUCCAACUGACUUGUCGGAAGAAAGUGAUCAAUUUAUACAAGAAGACAACGAAAGUGGAGUGGCUGUUCGUCGUCGAGUUAAAAAGCUUCCAGAUCAUUCUGGUGCUGCCGAUGAUAAGGCUGAUAUUCCACUGGCUCCUGUGACUGAACCACAGAAAACGUCAACUACUGGUGAUCGUAGGUCCGUAAUCAUUCAACCAGAUGGGCUUUUGGCAGCAGCUGCAGCAUCAGUGAUGUCUAGUACUUCUCAUUCUCCUCCGGAGUCCUCAGCAAAAGAUGAUCAAGGUCAGGUCAAAUCGAAUUUCACGAACUCGAGGUCAAACGGAACUGAAGGAAAUGAAAGGAAACUUAAUUCGGAGUCCAAAUCAAGUCUGACAGUAAACAGUACUGGUGAAGGUAGUUCCAAACGGUUAAGUUUGGUUACACCAUCUAAUAACAAUGCAGUUUCUGGUCAAAGUGUUUCAAACAAACGUCGAUCACUGCUUUUCGAAACUGUGAUACAUGAACCUGAUGCCAGUAAAGAGCCGUGUGAUAUUGAAGUGAAAAUCGCCGAUUUGGGUAAUGCAUGCUGGACUUACCGUCAUUUUACUGAGGAUAUUCAAACUAGACAGUAUCGAGCCUUGGAGGUUCUCAUUGGCUCCGAAUAUGGACCACCCGCUGAUAUUUGGAGUACGGCUUGUAUGGCUUUUGAAUUGGCUACCGGUGAUUAUCUUUUCGAACCUCAUUCUGGCGAAGAUUAUACACGAGAUGAGGACCAUCUAGCACAUAUCAUUGAAUUAUUAGGCCCCAUACCUAGAAAUAUUGCUCUUUCAGGAAAAUACUCCCGUGAGUAUUUCGAUAAACGAGCUUGUUUACGUCAUAUACAUCGCUUGAAACCUUGGAAUUUAUUUAAUGUCCUCACUGAGAAAUAUGAUUGGCCACCAAGCGAAGCGGCUCUUUUCACCAGUUUUCUGGAACCAAUGCUCGCGUAUGAUCCUAAUAAAAGAGCGUCCGCGUGGGAUUGUUUACAACAUUCCUGGAUAACUGGUCAACCGUAUUCUCCAUCAGUUGAGGAAGGCCUACCAAAUCAUAUCCCAUUUGGAGUGAAUAUACCAGAUCCAUUGAUGGGUGACGUUUUAUCUAAUCCUAGUACAUAUUACCAUCCACAUGUCAAUCAACCAAAUAUUGUAGAUCCCGCAAACACUGCUGGCUUGUGUUACAGUCAACACCCACACUUAAAAAAGCAAUACCCGACAGUUCAUUGCGUUGCUCCACAAUCUAGAAACAGUCGUUCUGUCAACUACAUACCACCUGAACUAUCUUUCAGUGGAAAUGUCAACCCAUCUGAAUAUCACUUAUCUUAUGGUUCCGAAAUGGUUGUGGGUGGGGAAAGUGUGCCGAAUCGUAGUAUGUGUGUACCAGAUUCUCACUUUCAACCGUGGUCCUCAAAACUCAUGGGCUCAAAACGACUAGAUGUUGUCAGCAAUGUGGACGGCACAAUAAAUUUAGAUGUAAGUUUUUUUUUACCCCCCCCCCUGAUGUAUUUCUAGUUUAUACUUAACGUUGAACAGGAUUCAACCAUUUUGAUCGAAUGCCGAUUUAUUUCGUUCGCCUAAUCUGUAAUCCUAAACCUUGAUAUUAUCCACACGGAGGUUCUAUUGACUACAAUGGUCAUUUUAUCCAAGUUAAUAGAAUAAAAUUACAUAUUUACCAAUUCUCACAGCUUAUGACGCAAAUUAAAUAAAUGCCUAGUAUAAUGGGCUGUUGAAAGUGAUUUAUGAAAGUAGGAGAUAUACAAGUAUAAUCAUAAGAGGCUUCGAAACACUGCUCAAUUAUAAUAGGACCACUACGUAAAUAAUCCUGAGGUGAAAUGUAAGGGUAUCUUGUAAAAACGUACCAGUUGAUAAAGUUGUUCAUCCUCAUCUCAGGCACCUAGUACCUGUGUUACAUGUUUAGCUAUCUACUAUGACGCGUACUAAUGGCUAUCGUAGGCACUGGUUUGAUGAAGGUUCGAGAAACUAAGCAAAAAUGUAGAACCAGUUUUGAAGUUACAUUGAGACAUGAGGAUAGGUUCAUAAUUCUCAGGUAAGGUCCCACCGAAACCGGGAUCAAGAUUCGUCCCAAUUGGCGUAGCUAGAUUCGUUGUUUAUGUCCCAAAUCUGUUAUUCCACACGCUCCAUACCCUUUCUAAUUUCAUUCGUUCCCAUAUUUUUGUGUUUAAUAUUUUACAAUCAUGGAUAUUACCAUUAUCUUGACACCGCUCCUAAUCUCGUUAACCCCUUCUCUCCGCGCUGUUACGAAAUGUGGUCACUUACACUAAUGGAUGCCAAUACCAGGACAUAUUCUGUUGAUUACUGGACUGUUUGUUCUACACAUGUAUUCCUUGCUUAAAAGCUUAUAUCUACAGAAGUCGAAGAAAUCAUAUUGUAAAAUAUUGUUAAUGAGACAGUUCGGGACUGAUAAACAACUCUUAGUAAGUUGUUUUAGUAUUAUUUAUUGAAACGUUUGAAUAAUUCAUUACCCCCAGUAAGACAGUCAAAAUAGAUUUAGAGAAGCCACACUGAAUGAUUUUUUGAUUCAGUGUUUUAAUGUCGAUCUUAAAAGUAUAACAUUCAUACUGUUUUCUUUAAAUUUUACACAGUUAAGAUAAUGUUCUAACUGUAAUCGUUGUAUAUUUUUCAGACACGUUCAGAUAUGCUAAAAAAAGGAAUAUGAUAAUCGGUUGCUACCAUUUUUAUAUAUAAAAAUAUUUCGUCCCAUUGAUCGAAUACUUUUGUUUCACUGUACUUGAAAAAACUUAGUAUUUACCUAAAUCCAUGUUUACACCUAUUAAUUUCAAUGACUUCAUUGAAUCGAAAGUAUAUAGAAAGUUCAGAUAUACUCCUAUACUUCCUACUAGAAAUCACCAUUUAUUUGAUUGUUCAGAUCUUUGUUUGACAGCAAACCAGUCAUUCCAUGCGUUUAUUUCCAUGAAUAUAUUAUUCUUUUGUCUAAAUCCAUGUCACUAGGUGUGUCCGUUUUUUCCCUUUCUUUUACAAGCCUGUUCAUGUUGGAAAUUUCAUACACAGUCUACCAGAUCUCAGUCCUGCUCCUAGCGAUGACGAUUAUGACGAAGAAGAUGACGACGACGACGACGAGGAUGAUGAUGAUGAGACCAAAGAAGGUGAAGAAGAUGAGGAUGAAAGCGGAGAUGAUGAGGAUCCUCGGAUGCAUUCGUUACACCAUCAUCAUCGUCAGCAUCAUCAUCAUUCUCACUAUUAUGGACAUCCAUCUAAUACAUCAUCUGUUUAUCAAUUUUUGGAUCCCCCUCAUAUAAUGCCAGUAGAAUCUUCUGAUCAUCCUCAUUAUGCUGACCCUUUAGCUAUGGCAGUAGCUGCUGGACUACCACCUAGUAAAGCUGCUAUACUAGCUUAUGCAGCACAAGCUCUUGGACCAGAUACUGUUUGGGCUGGUUUAGCUGCAGCAAAAAAACGUCAACAAAAACAGCAAGCGCAACCAAUGAAUAAUACAGAAGAGACAACUUCCGAUUCACUUACUAAUAAUGAUCAUGUAAUAUUAACUACCUCAACUAUAAAAACUGAUGAUGAUGGUACACCACGUAACACUGAUUCGUUGCAACAACAAAAGAAAGAAAUAGAUAAUGAAUUACAUAACAGUGGACUUGAUGUAGAAGAUGUAUCUAAUUAUUUCUCAACUUCACUUGAAGUACGCUCUGCUACAAGUUCUACAACCGAAGAUAUAUCUAAUACCCCCGACUAUGUGAAUAAUAUAUCAGAUAUGAGGAAUUUUGAUUCUGAAUUACAACGUACAGUGAGUGAAAAUAUCACUCAUCAAUAUACUGAACCGACAGAAACACUUACAGAAGCUUAGUUUUCAAAUUCCAAUUUAUCUGAUCUCUAUCUCCUGUUUUGUGAGAACCACCUAUAGGCUUUCAUUUUAUUACUCUUAUCUUAAAGCAUAUUCACUACUAUCUCAUAAAACAAAACAAUGACGUUUGUAAUUUGGAUGUUCUUGUUAGAAAAAGAUUUUCAUCUUAUUUAAUGAUGUCUAUUAUUAUUAUUAUCAUCAUCAUAUUGAUAUCCAUAAAUUGAAAGUUUGAUGAACACAUUCACUAAGUAGUAAUGGUGGUGUAUCUGCCAAUUAUGUCUUCUUUUUUGUUUUUAGUUUACAUUCAUUAUUUCCCUCGACACGUGGUUGGUUUUUAUACAUCAUAUAAAACAAACAGCCUCGUAAACUUUCUCUUAUAUAUAUAUAUGCAUACAAAGAUGUUUCAAUGUACUUUUCGCUUUUAUCUAAUCCAACAUAUCUACCCUCUCUCAUAAUUUAUUUGAAAUAUAUUGCACCAAGAUCAGAUAUAAAACCUGAUAUAUAUAUAUAUAUAUAUAUAUAUAUAUAUAUAUAUAUAUUGGUUUUACUAACUACUGUACUAUUCUUGUCAAUAAUUUUGUCAUUUCUCUUCAUUUUUCCCUUCAUGUACAACAACCUGGACCUCUAAUUGUUUUAACAUUGCGAAAUUUCCAGUAUUUGUAGACAUUUCUAUCGGCAUAACCUAGGCCUUAUCUGUACCGAUAUAUAUAUAUAAUUCUCAUUUAGGUUAAUCAUUUUGAUCCUAAACAAGAAAAUACCCUUUGCAUAUUUCAUCGUUACAAAGCACCGCCCCACCCUUUUAACAGUCCAAUUGUACGUUUUAGUUGCUCAAAUUCUUUCUAGCAACUUCAUGCGGACUGUAUUGUAAACUAUACUCUUGUCAUUAGUUUUUUUGUGUGCUUCCAUUUUCACAAAAAUCGUUUUUUGUUUGCGCGCGUUUGUAUAUCUCUGAACAUAUAGCCACUGCUGCGCAUGCCGUCCCGUCUAUUGUGUUAUCAAGCGAGAGAGAGGCAGUCAGUUCUGUUUUGGAAACUUAAGAUUUAACAACUAUUUGCUAAAAAAGAUUACUAUUAUCAUCACUAUCAAUACUAUCACUAACUGACAGCUGAUAUCAUUUUCUUUUUUUUCAUUAUUCCUAUUUCUGCAAAACCGCUGAACUAUUCAUAUUUCAACAUUAGAAGACUUACUCAAAUAGUCAUGUUAUGCAUUUUGAAAUUAUGUGAUUUGUUGAACAUUACACUAAAACUAAUGUCCUAAAUAGAAAAUAUGUGAUCUAAUGCCAGUUUAUGCGACUCGUGUUUAUACUUUGUUCUUGUUGUAAGUAAAUAUUCAUAUGAAUGCGAAAAUGCCUUAAUUCCACUGCUAUUUCAUUUCUUUAUUAAUACAUACAAUAAACAACCAAUGAUAGUAGUGGAACUUAUUAUAAACUAUUUGAAAAUAAUUGGUCAGUUUUUGUUCCUAAUUUUCAUAUAUAUAUAUAUAUAUA